CCUACGGACGCAUGCUUGGAAGACAUGCGCUUUGCGGCAAAGUCCUCCUUUUCUCCACACACGCUUCUAAGCCUCGGCACAUCUCCUCACAUUGCUACUAACUACACUUUAUUCAUCCUCCGUGUCAGGGUAAACCCCACUCGUCUCAGCCAAAUUUGGAGAUUAUUAGGCCCGUUUAGCUUGAUAGUUGUUUGAGCGCGCCAAUUAGCUUAGCAUGCUAGCUAGCUUAGCUUGUUAGCCGCUAACAAAGAGACGCAGAUUUGAUCAACACAUCGCUUAGUUAAGAUCAAGUGUGAGUGUAAAGUGUUGUGAUUGUGUGAAAAUGUGCGAAAGAACGAUAGCAAAGUAUGAGGAAGAACUUUGUUGUGUGAAAAUGUGUGAAAGAACGAUAGCAGAGUACAAAGAGGAACUUUCUCGGACAAAAGAAGAGAACGAGAGACUACGUCAACUAUUGGAGGCUGUUUUCAAGAAACCUCAAGUUGUGUUACACAGAACAGAACUCAAUAAAGGACAUCUUCCUCAUGAGCAGGAAGAAGAGCCACAGCCCCACCACAUUAAAGAGGAAAAAGAUGUACCGCAUUCCCAACACAUUAAAGAGGGAGUAGAGGACCCACAGCCCCCCCACAAUAAAGCGAAACAUGAGACGCCACAGACCCAUAAUGUUAAACUGACCCUUCACAAUAAAAGGCAAGCGGAGGACCCACUGAUCUUACACAUCAAAAAGGAAGAGGAGGACCCACUGACCCCUCACUUUAAGGAGCAAGAGAACCCGCUGACACCUCACAUUAAAAAGGAAGAGGAGGAUCCACUGACCCCUCACUUUAAGGAGCAAGAGGAGGACCAAGAGCCGCCGCACAUUAAAGAGGAAGAGGAGGAAGAGGGCAUCAGUCGGCCUAAAUGGUUGGAGGAGUUCCCAGUGACUGGUGUCCCUGUGAAGAGUGAAGAUGAUGAGGUGAAAGGUGAAAGUGAGGAGAGGGGAGGGGGGGAGCCUCCAAGCAGCAGCUCAACACAACACAUGACAACAGAAGCUGAUGGAGACCACUGUGGAGGAUCACAAGCAGACAAGCUCUUAGCUCCACUAUCAGAUAGUGAGGACACAACGUCACACUCUCCUGACACUGAUGAUGAAGACUCUAAAGAUGAUAAGACAUGUCACACUGACAACACUCACUUCACAUCUUCUCACUCUCACAAAACUUUUAAAUACCAUAGUCAUCUGAAAAGACACAUGAGAAUACACACUGGAGAAAAACCUUUUCCUUGCUCAGAAUGUGGUAGAGAUUUUAGACUAAAACAAAUGCUGAAAGAACACAUGACAACACACACUGGAGAAAAACAUACUGUAGUAAAAGUUUUGUACAAAGAAUCACUUUGAAAGUACACAUGAGAACACACACUGGUGAAAAACCGUGUUCCUGUUCAACCUGUGGUAAAUGUUUUACACGAAGUCAGAGUUUGAAAAGACACAUGACAACACACACUGGUGAAAAAUCACAUUCCUGUUCAAUCUGCAAGAGAAGCUUUUGUGACCGAUCAAGGCUUCUAGCCAGUCUCCAUGGGGCCCUAAGCAAAAUUUGAUUUUGGGGCCCUCUAUUUCUGCCAAUAAUAUUGAUUGUUGAUCAUUCACACACCUACUAUAAAGUCAUUGCGGCUCUGGCAGUGUUUACAUGAUCCUAUUGUCAGCCUGGCAUGUCUUUACAAAUGACAUGUCAUUUAUAAAGAUAUGGGGGUGGCCCAGCUAAGAACAUAAAUAAUACCAAUGAAUGAAGGAAUGAUGUCCAGAGUGCCACAUAUACUUCCUAAUUUUAAAAUGUAGAAAACAUUCAGCUACAAGAGUGGCCUGGGGUUGAACAGUCCAAGUGAUAAAGCUUUGUAUUUACAGUAAAAGUGUCAUCUUGUCUCAUCAGUCUUGUACAUAUUAGUUUUUAAUUACUAGUUUAUAUUUUUAGUUAAUUGUUCAUAUUUCAUGUUUACUUUGUAUAAAGAGAGCGCAGUCUACUGAAGUUAAAUUCCAUGUGUGUUAAACAUAAUAGGACAAUAAAGGUGAUUCUGAUUCACUUUAUUAUUUUUGAUAACAAACACCUGAAACAGCAAUGUGCAAAAAUAAUUCGUAAUGCAAGAAAAACAAUAAAUUGCAACAAUAAAAUCACUUAAAUAUAUAUAAAAAGGAACAAAUUCAAUUGUACAAAAACCAACAUAAAUACAUUAAAUAUCAAGCAAAUACUUAGAUAAUAUUAAUGAACAGAGUUACCAGAAACAAGGUAACAUAAUGCACCUGAAGGAUACACUAGACCUAAUACUGUACUGGGGCACAAAUAAUAAUAAUAAUAAUAAUAAUUCAUAUGAGCGUGCAAAGCGCGCAAGCAAAAACAUUUUUAGGACUUAUUUAUCAUAAAAAAUACAUAAAUAGUGCUUUAAACUAUGAAAUCAUAUCAGAUGAUGUUGUAUGGAUCUUUGAUGAACCACCUGAAAUUAACUCAUGCAUUUGACCUACUUGUGCACUUUUUUACUCCAGACUUCUAAACUGCUACUGGUAAAAGCAAAGGAGAAGAGCAAUGAAUCUUUUUGAAAUAUUUAUAUUACAGUAACUGUUAUACAGUUGACCAGUGGUUCCCAACUGGUGGGUCGUGACAUAAAAGUGGAUUGUGUGUCAUUUUCAGUGAGUCGCAGUCACAUGUGUGCAUGAAAAAAAAAAAAGUUAAGGGAGAAAAAAAUCAAAUUGUGGCAACAAAACCAGAUAUUUUUAGCCAUUUUUCUAGUGACUAUUAGUGAGUAUUUUAGCAAAAGGCAAACCGACUAACACGUUGGAGGAGGACUCAGGACAGACAUGGAAAUAUAUUUUUUUUAAAUCUAAAUGGGGCAACAAAACCCGAUAUUUUCAGCCAUCUUUCUGGUAAAAAAUACAGAAAUGUUACUAUUUUUUCUGGAAACAAAAGCAGAUGCUUUAGCUGUAGCCAUUUUUCUGGUGACAAAACAAGAUUAUUUUAGUCAAAGUCACACCGAUUAACAAGACAAGUCUACUGUGCUAUUUUUCUGUGAAAUAAACUUGAAUGAUUUAAAAA